GUGUUCAACAGCUUACGCGUAACCGCCAAAAUUACGGACAGAAACGCCAUCUUGUGCAAAGAUGUUGACAUUUUACUAAAUUAAGAAAAAUUACAUGAUCGCUAUUUUGUUCGAGUCCUACGACUCGAUUUUCAGUAUUUAAAAAUAUAAAAAAUGUUAACUUCAUGUAUUAAUUGAUCCAUCGACCGGUUUUGUCAAUUAUAAGGUGAUAAUGAUGUUGCUAGCGGAAAAUCGCGUUAAAGAAUUAGCCUCUUAAAAGGACAUAACAUAAGUUAAAAAUGUUUUACGCUCAUUUCGUGUUGGCCAAAAAAGGGCCGUUAGCACGUAUUUGGUUAGCCGCUCACUGGGAUAAAAAAUUGACGAAAGCCCAUGUAUUCGAGACGAAUAUUGAAAAAUCUGUAGAUGGUAUAUUACAGCCAAAGGUAAAAAUGGCUUUAAGAACAUCUGGUCAUUUAUUGUUGGGUGUGGUACGUAUAUAUUCAAGGAAAGCUAAAUAUCUCUUAGCUGAUUGUAACGAAGCCUUUGUCAAAAUAAAAAUGGCCUUUAGGCCUGGUAUGGUAGAUUUACCAGAAGAGCAUAGAGAAGCUGCUGUAACAGCUAUAACAUUACCUGAAGUGUUUCAUGAUUUUGAUACAGCAAUGCCGGAAUUAAAAGAUGUUGACAUUGAAGCACAAUUUAGUCUAAACCAGUCACGAGCGGAAGAAAUCACUAUGAGGGAAGAUUAUGGCAGUUUAGCUUUAGUUACGCAUGAUCAAGGAUUUGGUGACAUGAGUUUUGAUGCUGAACCUCCAGAAUUGUUAAGACAUGCUGGUGCUGUAGAACCAUCAUUAGAUCAAACUCAUAUGUUGUUCACUGAUGGACCAGGGAUCGAAGCAGCUUUAGAACAAAAGGAAAAAGAACCAGUACCAGGUCCAUCGGUAACAGCACAAGCUAUGGAUAUAGAUAUGCCAAUUAGAGAUGAUGGUUUUGGUGGUCAUCUUGGUCAAGAUAUUAUAUCUGGUGGGUUGUUUGAGGGUGGUUUAUUUGAUGAAGCACCAAUGGGUGAAGUACCUGUACCUGAGGUGAGUGCAGUAGCAGAAACACAAGAACCUGGUGUAGUUUCUGGAGGUCCACCUUCUGUGCAUGAUGAAUCAGAAGAAGAAAUGGGAGAUCGUUUUGGAGGUCCACCAUCUCCCAUGGAUGGAAUGAGUACUGACGAAUCCAGACCUGUUUCUCCAGCUGCACCUGGUGAAGAAAUUGAAGGAAGAAUAAGUGUUGCCAGUCGCCGUUUUACUCCUGCUCCACCCAAUGUCCCUGAAGAACGUCCAAUGGAACCUAUGGAAGAAGCUCCACCUCUACAGGAUCAAACUACAUUAUUACAUGAUGAAGAAGAGAGUUUCGCUCUCGCACCUGUUGACACAUCUGCCUUAAAAGGAUUUACUAAAGCAAAACGCAAGCGUAAACUCAUUGUGGAUGAGGUAAAAAAUAUCUCUGGUGAAGAAAUGAAAGCACAAUUAUCAGAUAUUAGUGACAUUAUUACUACAUUAGAUUUGGCACCACCUACAAAAAGAUUAAUGCAUUGGAAAGAAACUGGUGGAGUCGAAAAAUUGUUUGCUUUACCAGGAAGACCAAUACCAGCACGUGUACUAUUUAAGAAUUAUCAACGACAUUUAACUAGCAAGUCUUACGAUCAUGAGGACUUUGGACGUUUAGUAGGUGAAGAAGAAGGCAUGCCUUUAGAACAAAUGAGAGAACCUGCAGAACCUGAUUCAUAUGAACAAACUAUCCUCAGUAAACGCAUGGCUCGCAAACGAAAAGCACCAGCGGAUGAAGAGAUAAGGCCCCCACCUCCAGCGCCAGCACCUCCUCCAGUAGAUGUUGUCCCUGAAGCAAUGGAUGUUCCUAGUAUAGUCCCCCAACCAAGUCUUCCCUCUGCAGAAUCACCAGUACCUCAACCUGAGAUGUCUUUACCAACUGAAUCAUCAGUAUCUGAAAUUAGUGGUAUCGUACCUCCUAUUGAAGAAGCGGAUAUGGUUCCUGUAGUUCCCGAAACAUCUUUACUUCCUUCAGAAAUUCCUGAAAUUUCUCCUAAUGAAGCUAUUACUGCAUCUGAAGAACCAGUUGUUCCACCUACACUAAUAGAACCAGAAGUCGUUCCUACACCUGUUGAAAUGCCACAAAUGGAAAAUAUGGGCUAUGAUCAGGCGCAAUCUCAAGUACCCUAUAUGGGAUAUGAUGAACAUCAUCAACCACCCCACACACCAGCUGUAUCAGAAAGAGGACCAGCAACACCAUGGAAUCAUGAAGAUUAUGAAUUUCCACCAUCUGUAGGUCCUCAAGAAGAACAACAAAUAGAUGAAACUUAUGAACAGUUUGAAGAACGAGUUCUUAAUAAGAGAGCAUCACACAUGUAUCAUGUUAUCAAAAGUAAACUAGACACCAAAGAUAGAUUGACACUAUCAGAAAUGGCAUAUAAAAACAAUCGCAAGCAGGUUGCGCAAAAAUUCUACACAUUAUUAGUUCUAAAAAAAUUCCAAGUAUUAGAGCUCAAUCAAGACCAUCCAUACACUGAGAUUGUAGUCAGUAAAGGACCAAAAUUUGAGAAUCCUGCAUUAUAAAAUUGCUGUAGGUAUUUCUUACCAUACAUUUAUUGUUAAAAAAUGAGGGAGAGAGAGAGGAUUGUAGCUAUUUUUAAUCGUACAUAAAAUAAGCGAUUUAUCUAAAUUCUUUUGAAAGAUAAAUUGUAAAAUAAUAUAUAAAGCUAUUAUAACUCUUUGGGAAUAUCUGCAUAAGACAAAAGAAUUUUAUAAAUCAUGUUUUAAAGUCCUGAUUCAGGAAUGUAUACGUUUUGUAUAAAUCAAAGCAGAAUUAUUUUGGACCUUCUGUAUUUUUAUUGUGAUAAAAAAAAUUCAAUCAAAGAUACGCAAAUACAUUAAUAUUGAUAAAUGUUUUACAUUGGCAAGAAAUCAAUUGUCUUCAUUAAAUUUAUUAUCAAUCCGAACAGGGUUUGUAUAUAAUAUUAAUAUGUAGUAAAAAUAUAUUUUAUAUCUUAAUAUUUACAAACAACUUUGAGUCUAUAUUACAGGAUGGUCCAAAAUUACUAAUAAUUGUGUAAGAUAAUUUAUGAAAUUAUGAUAAGCAUUUUGUUAAAAAUUUCAUAAAAUGAAAUUAUUUGUGAUUUAAAUCGAUGUAUUAUUUUCAAAUUUCUCAAACUUAAAAAUAUCAAAUUUUACAAUAUUUUUUUUUUUAUUAGCGUACUUACACAUUAAUGCUAUUAUAAACAAUUAUUAAUGGAAGAAUCAAGGGAAUGUUUUACGGAUAAUGCUUUUAUGUAUUGCAGUCAUACUUUAGAAUCAGUAGUGUGAUUAAGUUAUUUUUCAGAGAUCUAUAUAAAUAUUAUUUACUAUUAUAUUUUGUUUAGACUCGAUAUAAUCUGUAUAGUUAUUUUUCCGUAUAAAUUACUGCAAAUUUAUGAUCUAUUGUUUAUAUUUACACUGUGAACGACAUUCCAAAGAGCAUUGAUUUAAUAUUCUCGCCUUUUUGUGUGUUUCAAUCUUUUUAUUGUACAAUUUCUCCAUUACAUUUUGAAGAAAACGUAUUAAUUAUAUAAAAAAGAAAUAAAAAUUGUUUGACUUCUA